CCUACCUCAAAGGAGCGGGGUCGCGGCGCCGGCUAGCAGCGGGCCCCCUCCCGGUCCCCGGGCCCGGCAGCGCGGCGGCGGCUAGGUUGUGAGGAGGCGGGGAAGCGGGUGUCCGGCCCCCGCCAUGGAGGGCAUGGACGUGGACCUGGAUCCCGAGCUGAUGCAGAAGUUCAGCUGCCUGGGCACCACCGACAAGGACGUGCUCAUCUCGGAGUUCCAGCGACUGCUCGGCUUCCAGCUCAACCCCGCCGGCUGCGCCUUCUUCCUGGACAUGACCAACUGGAACCUACAAGCAGCAAUUGGCGCUUAUUAUGACUUUGAGAGCCCAAACAUCAGCGUGCCCUCUAUGUCCUUUGUUGAAGAUGUCACCAUAGGAGAAGGAGAGUCGAUACCUCCUGAUACGCAGUUUAUAAAAACAUGGCGGAUCCAGAAUUCUGGGGCAGAGGCCUGGCCCCCAGGGGUUUGUCUUAAAUAUGUCGGGGGAGACCAAUUUGGACAUGUGAACAUGGUGAUGGUGCGAUCGCUAGAGCCCCAAGAGAUUGCAGAUGUCAGCGUCCAGAUGUGCAGCCCCAGCAGAGCAGGAAUGUAUCAGGGACAGUGGCGGAUGUGCACUGCUACCGGACUCUACUAUGGAGAUGUCAUCUGGGUGAUUCUCAGUGUGGAGGUGGGUGGACUUUUAGGAGUAACGCAGCAGCUGUCAUCUUUUGAAACGGAGUUCAACACACAGCCACACCGCAAGGUAGAAGGAAACUUCAACCCGUUUGCCUCUCCCCAAAAGAACCGACAAUCAGAUGAAAACAACCUAAAAGACCCUGGGGGUUCCGGGUUCGACUCGAUCAGCAAAAACACAUGGGCUCCUGCUCCUGACCAAACCGAGCAAGAUCAGAAUAGACUCUCACAGAACUCUGUAAAUCUAUCCCCCAGCAGUCACUCAAACAACUUAUCAGUAGUGACUUACAGUAAGUGUACAUAAGUGGUACAAAAAGAACACUAGGCGGGCGAAGCGCUGACCUGGACUGGCCCAUGAAAUGAGGAGGAGGAGGAGAGCCCUCGGGUGUUAUCUGAUGCUGCCAUCAGUAUACACGAGGAGAGCAUGUUAUUUCACAGCCAUGAAGCAAAAGCUCCUGUCUUUUUAUUAACCUGUGUGAACUUUUCUAUUUAUUUAAAUCAAAUCACAAAUAAAAGCAAAAUAAAGACAGGUAUCUGAAAGUGUCCGUGUUGUGGUGGUUUAUCUAAACAGCAAGCUUUUAUAUAGCAAAAUAGUAACCCAAAAAGCCCUCAGUAAGACAUCUUAGUUUCAUUAGGAAUUUCAGCUUUUUUUUUUUUUUUUUUUUUCCCCCCAGAAG